GAGCAGCAACGGAAGAAGACUAGGCUUAGAUAUGACCCUCCUACUUCUACUUUUUACUGUUCUCGACUACAGGACCAGCGCUACACGCUCUGGUUAAAGUUAGAACUCUCUCUUUCAGUUCCAUCUUCCCGGUUGCCGGUUUCUGCAGAUCUUUGCCAGUGACGAAGCCUAUUCUGAGUGAAUUCUGCAGGAAUAAUGGACACCUAUGUCAGUGCCAAUGGAAAAGAGGGGGAUAAUAUGUCUCGGCAUUCCAUUGUUAAGAAAUUGAAGGGCUGUUAUCAGUCUCCAGGAGUGGAAAUUGUUAGAGCAUUGCCUCAAUUGCCAACAAAACCAUCUGAUUCUCUCGGUCCAGUCACUCCUGAUUCCAUUCGGGAAGGUGGUGACCACGUAGAUGUGUGCUGGUCACCAGUGUCUUCUCUUCCGAGGACUCUUUGCUUCAAUUCUCAACAAUAUGGCAACCUGGUUUAUUCGAAUGAAGGAAGUCCACGAACUCCAAAGAGGUUGGUCUUUAAUCCAUUUGCUCCUGGACCAGAUGAACUCAUGCUUGCCCCGCAGUGCGAGAAAUAUUUUGGAGAUUCACGAACCAAAGUGAUGCGUCAGCUUAACUUUGACGAGUUGCUGAAUUUCGAUGGAAAUGUUGAUCAUACAGACAAUAUGGGAUCUGUCUCAGAGGAUGAGAUGCUAUUUGAAUUGUUGUACAAUUCUCUUCUAGAAGUUAUUACCUCAAAACAAACAGAGGGUCUUCAUGCUAAAGCCACAACUCCACUUUCAGAUUCUGAUGGAUACAAGACACCUAGCUAUGCACCUCGUCUUAGUGGAGUUGCUGAUACUUGCCCCGAUGCUCCUAGGAAGCCUGCAAAUCGAUUCAGAAAUAUUGACAAGGGAUUGUGCAAAAAGCUUACAUUCUGACAUAUCUUUGUGUUGCAAUAUAAUAAUAACUAUGUGAAGAAAUCUGGGUUCUCUACAAGAAGAUUGAUUCUAGUACAUGACGACCUCACGCAUCCUUACUCUAGUCACUAGCCUCAAAGCAUUAACAAAUUAUUUGAAUUUUUGACAUGAUACUUCUAAUCUAGCCUUUACUUGUGAUUCUAAGAGUUGUACUAAUUAUGUAGAGUUCAGUUCCAGCAUUGAGUGGUUGUACUCUUGUAGUAGAAUAGUAUGUAGACUCUAGUUGAACAAUAUGUCAAGCUUUUAUGCUUCCAAAACUAGUCGGUGCUCUCCACUUGGAGAAGAAGCUUGUAGUAACCAAAUACUAAUGUAUUUCCUUUCUUUUUGGUACAACAUGUCUUUAAUUAA